ACAUGGUGCGGGUUGAGUUGAGCGUGUGAGUGUGUAAUCUGUAAACUGUGGAGUGUCUUUUAAGUGUCAGUGUUAUUUUUCUUUGGUUUUUUUAAUUUUUUCGAUUUUUAAUAAUAUCAUUGUUUUCGUUUAAUGGCUAAUGCUUUUUGUGUUUUGUAUUGUUCAAUGCGUUUCUUCAUAAUUUAAUUAACUUGUUGAAUAUGGGCACAAGUACAAUGGGGAGUGAUUUGCAUUCUGAUAAGCAGGAUAAGCUUUUAAAGCUACAAGCUCGUAAGAAGGAACUAGAGCAGAUGCUAGCAGCUAAAAAUGAAGAACUGUACAAGUUAUGCGUGCAAGAGGUUCAAUUAACGGGAAUCAUGCCACCUGAAGCUCCCUUGAGUCCAGAAGUUCCACAAAGAGAAAGAUUGGGAAGUAUACGUAGCGUAGACCGUUCCACGGAUGGUACUGAUGUACAAGAUGGUUGUGACACAAACUCUAGGCGCCUCAAAGUAAAUGACAGACACGAAGCGGAGCAUAAUAUGCGUAAGAACAUUUCUCACCGUCUAUCUACGCCAUCAAUCUCUGGUAUUUCUGGCAAGAGUGUUCAUUCUAGACAAGUACGACGUCCUGAGACAAGUUGUUCUAACUUUUUUCCUUCUCCACCACAAGAGCGUAAUCCUGAAACAUUUUCUAUGCACACUUCACACACCUAUCCUGCUUUAGCCAAUCGUCAUGAUGGCCUACCCAGUGAAAACAUUCAUGCUGAGUUACAACAAGGCCCAGCUUACCGUCAUCAUACUAUGGCUACUGAAUAUACCAAUAAAAUAUAUUAUAGUAAUACACCAUCUGAAUCACACAGUGUGUCUCGUUUACGAGAAACCCACUUUAGUUCUAGUCAUCCAGAUAUAACUACUCAUUACACACAUGGAUCCAUUGCCCAGAAUUCUAUUCCUCAGCAGAAUGGCAUGCGUAGUACCCCUCUAUUAUAUCAGUAUGCAUCACAACUAAAAGCACAGAGCCAGCAUUUAGGAGCUUUAAAUCAUCACCAUCAAAUGCAAGCACAGCCUAAGAGAAGAAAUGAAGGUGUGCGGAGAAAUACUUUACAGAGAACCCAAACAUAUCACCUUACAUCACAUAGUGAUUAUAACCACCAUUUAGAAAAUAUGUCUGAGGGCUAUCGUCCUCCAGCACCAAUUUACCAACACAGGUCACAACCAGAUAUACAGGAACCACCAAUACCCAAGCCAAUUGAAAGAAAUAUACCUGUACCAAAUACGCUGCCCUUACGUGAACGAAAUGCAAUUAAAAAUCCACUCCAUCUACAGUUACAAGUAUCAACUGAAGAUUAUCUUGAUGAGAGACGACAAUACAUAGAUCCAUUAAGCCCAGUCAGUCAAAUGUCUGGUUAUUCCCAUAAUUUUGAUUCUGUUAGUAUGAACAAAUUCUCUCCACUCUCCCAGGAUUCAAGGAAAGAAAAGCAAUGGUAUGAAACAUCUCUAGAUUCUCCCACUCGAGAGCCACCUUUGCUUAAAAAGAGUGCAAGUUUAAAGCGCAGUCCUAGCUUAGGAAAUUCACAACCAUAUGAAAUUAUGAUUUCUACUGGUCGUCACAUGGCCAUGCAUAGUCCAAAUCACACACCCAACAGCCCACCAGUUCUGUCACCUGGUGCUAUCUCUUUAGAAUCACCUAAAAACUUGACUGUAAUUGAACAGGGUAAAUGUAUACCAUAUAGAGAAGAGACAAAACCAUUUGAAAUGUCUGACUUUUAUAAGUAUUCUACAAAAUUUCGUCAGUCAAAUGUACAAAAGCCACCACCACCCCAACCGGUUCAAAAUUUGAAUAAUAUGUAUAAUAAAUUGCCAAUGGAGUUGCCACAAUAUAGCCAAGAAAAUUGGCAUCCUAGCAACUAAUUAAAUCUCCUAAUUUAUACAUAUUUAAUGAUUAAUUUUUAUAAAUUAUAGUUACUCUUGAUAAUCUUUAAGUACUUAAGUCAAAACAGUCCAGAUCUCCUUAUAAUAUUUGAUACAAAUGAGGUCAUUUUUAAUGUCUAAGCUUUUAAUAUUUAUAUCAAAAUAGAUUGUGAUAGAAGAACAUUUAACAUUAAUUAUGUUAAAUUUUUAAUGAUCAGUAAUGAAAUCAAUAAGAAAGUAUAUAUUUCAUGUUACAUAUUGUUAUAAAGAAAACAAAGUUUGAUAUCUCUUUCUACAUCAAUAACCUGGUAGUCGUAGAUCUGUAUAGCUGUCACAAUUUGAAGUUACAGAGUAAAUGAGCUGAUUUUUAAUAUUAAUUUAUCUAAUUUUACUAAUGAAAGUAGCAUAGAAUUUUAUUGCUAGGACUUUAUUUUUUUUUGAGCUUGUUUUGACAAAUUGUAAGGAUAUAAAUAUGUUUUUGAUAAUCAACCCACCGCUGUUCAAACUUAGCCAUUUUAUAUCAUGCAAUUAGCUAUGUAAUAAUGUUUGAUCUCUCUUGUUUUGUUUUUUUAAUAUCUGUAAAUUACACUUGUUUGUGUUACAAAACAUGGAUAUUUUUCUUGUCAAUUAUGAGACAAUUAAUUAUGAUAAUGUUUUGAUGCCCCAUUUUCAUUAUUUGUAUUGUUAUGUCCAAAUUUUAUAAUAUUAUGAUUCUGAAUUUUACUUAAGACUAGAUUCUCUUUGGUAUAUUGACUGUCAAGUCUUUUGCCCCAAAAGUUAUUAUUUUUAAUAAUAUUCAUAAUAAAAACUGUGCCUCUUUAUGUAAAAAUUCAAUUACUGUAUUGAAUUUUAAAAGUAGAAAGUAUAUAAGUUUAGUAAAUAUAUUGCGAUAUUUACAUUUCAACUUGAUCACAUCACAUAUUUAACUCAUUUGAUGGACAUACAAUGUUUUCAAUCACAAAAAAUAUAUAUAUAAAAAUAGGCAUUUUGAAAACCAAUACAAAAAUUUAGACUCAAAUUGUAAAAUUGUAUUGUAAAUAAAUUUGUACGAGAACAUGAACUUGGAACAUAAUUAAAAGUUUUAAAAAUUAUUUGAAUGGUCUUAGAGAUAGUUAUUUUGUAUACAUUUUCAUAGAUAGUUCAAAACUAGGGUGCCUUGUAUUUGCUUAGCAGAAUUAGUAAAUUAAUUAUUUUUGUCAAAUAUAAGACUAACAACACUUGCCAAGGAAAGCUCAUACAUUCUCUGGCAUUAUUCUAUGUUAAAAUAUGACAAUAAUUGUAAGCAUUACAUAAGAUAUACUAUGUAGUUAAUAUAUUAAAUAUUUGUUUUAGCAAUUUUAAAUUGCAAAUUGGCUAAACUAGAAAGAGUUAAUAUUUUUGUAUAUUGGGAUGAAGUCAGUGCAAAGAGCACAAUUGUAUUUUAAUAAAUGGUUUUAUUAAA